AUGAAGAUCACCAUCACCAUCACCGCCCUCCUGGGCGCCAUGGGCGUCAGCGCCGCGGCCGUCGCCGCGGCUGACCACCAGGAGAUGAAGCGCUUCUGCGGCGCCGAGGGCCAGGGCUGCUGGCAGGUCAAGCGGGCGGCGGCGGACCUCGCCGCCGUCCUCACGGCCCGCGACACCUCGGCCCUCGACACCUCCGACAUCGUCGCCCGCCACAUCUCGCACCAGCCGGGCGGCGCCGCCUACAUGGCCAAGCGGGCCGUCGAGGCGCUCGCGGUGCGCGUGGCGUCGACGCAGGACGACCCCGAGGCCUUCUUCAACGCGCUCGAGCUCGACGACGCCUUCUUCCCGGACUCGCCCGCCCACCCGGACGACGACGCCGACGACGCCGGCACCGACGAGCUCACCAAGCGCCAGAACGGCUGCCGGUACCGCGGCCAGAGCUGCUGGAAGCGCGACGAGUCCUCGGGCCAGCUCGUCCAGGUCCGCGACGGCCUGGCCGCCCACGAGGUCGCCGAGCUCGCCCGCCGCGCCGACAUGGCCAAGCGCCAGAACGGCUGCCAGUACCGCGGCCAGAGCUGCUGGAAGCGCGACGAGUCGUCGGGCCAGCCCGUCGAGGUCCGCGACGUCCACCCCUUCCCCGAGGACCUGGUCGUCAAGCGCCAGAACGGGUGCACGUACCGCGGCCAGCCCUGCUGGAAGAAGACCAAGCGCGACCUGACGACAACCGAGAUCGACCUCGAGAAGCGCCAGAAUGGCUGCCGCCACCGCGGCCAGUCCUGCUGGAAGCGCGACACGGACGUGCUCGAGGCCCGCCAGAACGGCUGCCGGUUCCGCGGCCAGUCGUGCUGGAAGCGCGACGUCCUGGUACAGGACCACGCCAGCGACAAGCGCUGGUGCCACGAGGCCGGUAACGCCUGCGCCGUGGCCAAGCGCGCUGCCUCGGCCGUCCUCGAGGCGGCGGCUGCUGACCUCGAGAAGCGCCAGAACGGCUGCCGCAACCGCGGCCAGAGCUGCUGGAAGCGCGACGAGGCCGGCCUGCUCGAGGUCCGGCAGAACGGCUGCCAGUACCGCGGCCAGAGCUGCUGGAAGCGCGACCUCGAGUCCGGCAAGGAGGUGCUGGCCCGCGACGUCAGCAUCGCCGCCCGCUGCAACGGCCCCGCCGGCGAGUGCACAAAGGCCGCUCGCGACCUCGAGGCCGUCGAGAUCGCUGCCCGGGAGGUCCUCGCCUCGCUCGAGUAG